AUGGCGACCAUGACAGAGACACAGACCGUCACCACGGUGGCGGUGCAAGCAUCACUGAGCAAAGAGGAGAUUGCGGAGCGUUUGUUUAACGGAACCCUUCACGCCGAUUAUGCUCCUGUUGAACAGUUUAUGACCAUCGAUGGCUUGCUGAAAUCGCAUGCGGCUCAAUCCGAUCAAGCACGAAAGCCACUGAUAUGCUAUCCCGCUCGAAAAGCCGACGAUUUCGAGGAACACACGGCUCGGGAUCUCGACCAAUAUACAGAUCUUGCUGUACAAUAUUAUAUACAGCAGGGGAUAAAACCAGCGGAUCCGAGUCUGGAAGAAGCCCCAGUCAUUGCAAUGCUCGCCGGAUCGAGCUUCGAAGUUGUCCUCACCUUUUUCGCACUCAAUCGUCUCGGAUAUGCCGUCUUGUUCCUCUCCACGCGACUCACAGCCCCGGCAUAUAUAAGGUUAUUGAACAUGGUGAAUUGCAAUGAGAUGAUCAGUCUGGAUCAGUACGGGCCAGUUGUGGAAGAAAUCGGUGCCGAGAAGCCUGGGUUUAACCGCCGUCGUAUGCUGGCGCGGGAGAAUUGGUUCAACAAACCAGCUGCGACACCUCGAUUCGAGCGAUCAGGGGUGGAUUUGAUCAAAGAGAGCAAGAAGAUAACCUGGAUUCUUCAUUCGUCCGGCAGCACAGGAUUCCCGAAGCCUAUUUUCCUCACCAACUACCAAACCCUUGCCAAUUGGCGCAAGAGCUUCGGUCUCCGCGUAUUCAACAUCAGUCCUUUAUUUCACUCCCACGCCUUGAUGGAACUUGGGCGAGCACUUUACACCAGAGCCCCGGCCUACCUGGGCAACCACUCUCUCCCAGUCACAUAUCAGAACCUUUAUGAUGCAUUACAAGUUGCACAACCCCACCAGAUCAGCGCUGUUCCAUAUGUGAUCAAGUUACUGUCGGAGAGACCAGAGGGAAUCCAGGAACUAGUCAAGCCAAAGCUCGUCAUUUACGGUGGGUCUAGCUGCCCUAGCGAUCUUGGAGACAAACUUGUUGCGCAAGGUGUUAAUCUGAGCGGCAACUAUGGCGCGACUGAAACCGGUCAGAUCAUGACUUCAUUUCGCUAUCCUUCCGAUAUUGAAUGGGAGUAUAUGAGGCUCCAUCGCCCCGUUGCCGACCAUACCCUGAUGGAUGAAAUAUCGCCCGGUGUCUUCGAAUGUGUUGCUUUGGAUGGUCUUCCAAGCAAAGGUCCUUCCAACUCUAAACCACCAUUUUCACCGCAAAAUCCAGAAAAUAGCUUUCGCACGUCCGAUCUAUUCACUCGCCACCCCGACCCCAAGAAGAGCAAUUAUUACAAGUAUCUGAGUCGACUCGAUGACAGACUCACCCUUGUCAAUGGGGAGAAGGUUCUUCCAAUUCCCAUAGAGGGCCGUAUUCGCCAGGAAGAAUUGGUCGGUGAGUGUGUUGUAUUUGGAAUCCAGCGCUCAGUUCCUGGAGCGCUCAUCUUCCGAGCACCCGGAAAGGCCACUCACCUCAACAAUGAGCAAUUCUUGGAAGAAAUUUGGCCUGCGGUUGAAGCAGCUAAUGCUCAAGCUGAAACAUUCUCGCGUCUUCCAAAAGAGCUCGUUGUGGUCAAGGAUGCAGAUGUUGUGUACCCCAAGACUGACAAGGGAACUUGCAUCCGUGCUCAAGUCUACCAGGUCUUUGAAGAUGAUAUCAAGAAUGCUUAUGCAGGUUUUGAAGGAACCAAUCAGAAGAAGGGUGACCUCGCGCUCAGCGUGCCUGAGCUGGAGGACUGGCUGCUCACAAAAUUCCGAAAGGAUUUGGGUGUGCCACUUGCAAGCCCCGAAACCGACAUCUUUGGAGCUGGAGUGGACAGCUUGCAGACAACUCAAAUCUGGCGAUUCAUCGUACGUGACCUCGACCUUGGGGAAAAUACAGAAACCCUCAGCCAAAAUAUUGUCUUCGAAAAGGCAACUGUCAGCGAGCUUGCGAAACACCUGUACCAUCUGAGGACCGGCGAAACCUUCGAACAGGAGAAUGAAUUGGAGGUUAUGGAGGAGCUCAUUGAAAAGUAUUCACACUUUACCCAACACUAUCCCACCAUUAAACAAAACCCCGAAUCCGAAGUCGUCGUUGUUACUGGAGCCACUGGUAAUCUUGGUGCAUUUAUUGUUGCCGAAAUUGCCAAGCGCUCAACUGUUUCUGAGGUCUGGGCUAUUGUCCGAGCCUCAGGACAAGCCUCCGCUGGAGCUCGACUUUGGAAGGCCAUGGCGGAUCGCAGCAUCUCCUUCACUGAUGAAGAAGCUGCGAAGGUGCAUGCUGUUCCUAGCGACCUCUCAAAGCCUAACCUCGGCUUGGAAGGCUAUGUUCUGGAUCACCUUCUGUCUACCACGACCUCAGUUAUCCACAGUGCUUGGGCAGUUAACUUCAACCUCGGAGUUCGGUCGUUCGAGCAACACCACAUUCGGGGAACUUACAACCUCAUCAACUUCUGUCUGAGAUCCAAGCUUCCUUCCCCAGCCCGCUUCUUUUUCUGCUCCAGCGUCAGCGCUGCUAGCGCCACCCCCAAGCCAGCCUCUAUCUCGGAGUCCGCCGUUGAAAAGAUUGAGCAUGCCCAAAAAAUUGGCUAUGGACGAUCGAAGCUCGUUACAGAGCACAUUACUCGCAACGCGAUGCGCAAGACUGGCAUGCACGCGCGAGUCUUCCGGGUUGGACAGCUAGGUGGUGAUACUGUGACCGCACAGUGGAAUGAAACCGAAGCCAUCGCCCUCAUGUUCCGUAGUACCCUGACAACGGGAGCUUUGCCCGAGCUCAACGAGCGACCGACCUGGUUGCCCGUGGACCAAUGUGCUGCAGCUAUCUCGGAUCUGGCACUGAGUUCCGAGCAUGCCAGAUCUUCCGAUGCCGACUUAGUGUAUCACCUGGUCAACCCGCACUCAUUCAGCUGGAAAAUCGACCUGCUCCCCGCCUUGAAGAAGGGUUGCGCGUUGCCAGACUUUGAGGUCGUCUCGCCACAGGAGUGGCUCAGGAGACUCGCGAACAGUGAUCCCAACCCUGAGACAAAUCCCAGCAUCAAGCUUCUGGAUUUCUGGAAAGGCAAGUAUGAGAAUGCUCCGGCGCCGAAGGCAGAUGACGAAGAGCCAGCUGGUUUGUUCUUCGAAACCAAGAGCACUGUUCGUGACUGUCCCUCUCUGGGUGAUGUAAAAGACCCUGUUGCUGCAGGGUUGAUACAGAGAUACAUCGAAGUAUGGAUGAAGAGCUGGACCCGCGCAUAA